ACUUACCAAGGACUACGUGAAAUAGUUGAGUUAUCGAUUUUUGGCUAUAACUUCCUCCUCCGUCAGAUCUCUGUUGUAAGUUUUCUCGUGUUUCAGAGCCUCUGAGAAAUCCAUCGGCGGUUUCUUUACUUCCUCCUUACUCUUUGUCUCUUCCUUGCUCUUUAUCUCCUUUUCCUUGCUCUUUUUUUCCCCGUCACUACUUUUCUUUGCUGCUCCUGGAGCCGGCUUUUUCCCCUUGAUAAGUGCAGGUUUUGGUUUUGGCUCAGACUCUGGAAUCUUCUCAACUGUCUUGAUAAAUUGAUCUCGCGACCAUACUACUAUUUCCUGCCUACCGAACUGCGUUCCUACUUGCAUAUCUAAUGUCUACCUUCGUGCCUGGCUUGUUUCUUGUCCUUCUUCACGCCAGAAAUUGCAGAAUUUUUUAAAUUAUUAUUUAUACCACGUAGAAAUAAAAAUCCACGAAUUCCACCGCUUAUCGAAUUUUUUAAUCGAUUUUCAAUCAUUCCUCAACCUUUUCAAUUAUGGAAAUUUCCGAUGAAUACAAGGCUUACACAUUCCAAAUUUGGCUCAUGACAGCUGCCAUGCUAAUUUUAACGGCGUUCGGCGCAGCUAUCGCCAUUUUCUUGAGAAUGUGGCUUAUGAGACAGCUUAAUCAAUCUCUGGUUCACGCAGCUGCUGGCAUGGAGACUACCGCAAGGAUUUUGAAGAAAGCGUGCCUGGACCCAAUGACAGUUGCAGUGAUGGCCGACGAAAAGCGCGAGAAAAAGGAUACCGAUAUUUGCGAUCAAUUCGACAGUCUUCACAAGAAACCUCUGAAGCAUUGCGCUGACCUCUUCGGCUACGACACACUUACCAAGGACUACGUGAAAUAG